AUGGCCCCUGAAGGGAGGCAUGUAGAAGAAGAGAAUUGUAAACACCUUGCUAAGCCCAACGUGCAAAAGAAAUGCAGAGGGGGCAGAUGUCCGAAGUGGAAAGCAGGAGAUUGGGGCCAGUGCUCGGUGUCCUGCGGCCGGGGCGUCCAGCGCCGCUCCGUGCAGUGCCACAGCAGCAGCAGCAGCAGCCCCAAGGAGGCCGAGUGUGACCCGGCCAGCCAGCCCCCUCCUCAGCGGGACUGUCACCUCCCCCCGUGCCCCACGCACCGCUGGGCAGCCGGGGAAUGGCAGGCGUGCACCAAGACGUGCGGGGAGGCGUCGCGGUUCCGCGAGGUGCUGUGCGUGGACGAGGAGGAGCAGCCGCAGAGCAGCGGCCGCUGCGAGCCCAGCGAGCGCCCGGCCGAGGUGCAGAGCUGCGCGCUGCCGCCCUGCGAGUACAUCUGGAUCACCGGAGAGUGGUCAGAGUGCUCCGUCACGUGCGGGAAGGGCUACAGGCAGCGCCUCGUGUCCUGCAGUGAGAUCUACACCGGGAAGGACCACUAUGAGUAUGGCUACCAGAACAUGGUCAACUGUCCUGGCACACAGCCCCCCAACAUCCAGCCCUGCUACCUCGGAGAGUGCCCCAUCUCGGCCUCCUGGCGCGUCGGCAACUGGGGAAGCUGCUCUGUCACCUGUGGAGUUGGGGUCAUGCACCGCUCAGUGCAGUGUUGGACCAAUGACGACCAGCUCAGCAGCUUGUGCCACGUGGACCUGAAACCUGAAGAGAGGAGGACAUGUCACAAUGUCCAUGACUGUGUAUUGCUCUGGGAUGCAGACUGA